AUGGAGCAAUCGACAAGUGGAAGCGUCGUUUGGCGAUUUUUUAAAAUAGCGACUGGUGAGGGCGAGGAAUCGUCAAAACGAGUUUGCAUUUUAUGCAAUGCGCAAUUAUCGUUCAAGAAUUCGUCUACGAAAGGAUUGCUUGACCACCUCAGAAUGAAGCACCCCGAGACAAAGGACGAAAUACCAGAGAAAAAGAAACGAAAGGUGAAAGUCUGCGACAAAAAUCAGAGGGCUAUGGACCAAUAUAUUGGGAAUGAUAAAUAUUGUAUCAGUGGAGACAAGAAAAGGGAAGCAGACAUGGAGUUGGUGAAGUUCGUGGUAUCGUCUGGCGUGCCGUUUUCGAUCGUGAGAAAUGAGUAUUUGAAGAAGCUCUUGAAGAAAGUAUCAAGUUAUGAGGUGCCGUCUGAAUCGACCAUUCGUCGUAGUUUGUUUCCGUCCUUGGCGGAACGUGUUCACGUAAUAAGGAAUCGAUUUUUGGAGAGCAUAAAAGAUGAUUUUUAUUCUAUCGCAAUUGACGAGUACUCGCAACCCUCUCAAGGAAGAUGCUUCUUAGCAGUAACGAUCCAUGUAUGGGAUGCAGAUUUCAAGAGGUUCGAAACCAUACUUGGAGCGACAUCUGUGCUGGAUGUUCGCCAUACAGCUGACAAUAUCGGAUUGAAGGUGCAGAAAAUGUUAAGCGAAAACAGCUUAAACAAUAACAAAAUUAUUGCGGCCGUAACCGAUGGCGCAACAGCAAUGAAGAAAGCCGUUAGGGAUAUGCACAUGUCUUGGCACUGUUGCGUAGCUCACAGUUUGCAUCUGGUCGUAAAAAGUAUGUUACAAGCCGACGAUACCGUUGCUUCGAUGUUGCAGAACUGCAAACGAAUAGUUACAUCUUUUUCAAACAGUCUCAUCCUCCAAAAUUCUUUGUCACAGGCGCAUGAUCAACUCGGGACGGUGAAGACUCGUUUAAUCGCUGACGUUCCGACAAGAUGGGGAUCAACGCUCGCAAUGCUGUUGUCAGUGGUGAAAAACAAUGAAGCGAUCGAUAAAGUAUUUGAAGGGCUAAAUGCCAAUCAGCGUAACAACAGCAGUUGGAAGCCGUUGGUGAAGCGCGAAGUUCAUGUUGCUGAGCAAUGUACAUCGCUACUCAGCAACUUCGAAUCAUUGACGAAAGAGGCGUCGUCAUCAGAAGAAAGUGUCUUCGCUAUAAUACCAAACAUUAUAGCUCUCAGAACUCGACUGGAAUCGCUAUUGGCGAGGGAUCCGCGCUUCCCCGAUCAUCCACCUGAAGACGUCCGUUUCAUAGAAGGUGUGAUCAAACGAGGUGUGAAAUGUUUGGAUGAGCGCUUCUUGGGAGCGACGGAAGGCGCAACUGAUAUUCCCAACGACAAAUUAUUAUUAUGCGCAUCAUUUCUCGAUCCACGAUUCGUCGACCGCGAGGGAAUACUCGCAAAUCUGGUUUGGGAGGCUGCCGCAGAUCACGUGCUCAAAAACGGUGAAUCACUUCUAUCAAUUGAUGAUGAAUCGUCGGAUGACGAGAAUAUUUUGAUCCAGCCAGCUUCAACAACGGACAUUGGCACUCGUGAGAAUGAGUCUUUGCGUUCCAUCUUCGAUUCGACACCAUCGGAUUGUAACAAUUCAGCAUCACUGUGCGAUAAAAUCAAUGUUAGUUCUUUUAAUGUUCCGUAUAUGUUGGCGGUAUAUCAUUGA